CGGCGCAAAGCAGGAACUGCUCCCUACAGCCUGCGCACUAGAAAUAUCGCGGGUACCCCUUUUUUGCGAGCUGCAUCUGCGUUUACGCCAUGGCUGCCGUGUGGCCAGACCCAUCAUUGUGAAAUCAUUCCAGAUUGCAGAAGCGCGCUACUCUUCGUCUCUGCAGCAUCACGUCACAGCUCCAACUUGCACGCUACCAGACAACCCACACCCACGACACCUCCACCAGACUACCAGAUCCGCUGAGAUCGCCGCCGUCACUCCCUCCGCGGUGUAGUCGCAGCCUCUGAACUCACCUCACACCCGCGUCUUUUAUUCCUAUCUCCCUACCACCUGUUCCGUUUCCUCGCCCUCCGUACCCCGCCAAUAUCAGGCCGCGACUUUUAUCUCUCUUUCGCCAUGGCCUCCAAUCCCUCCACCCCCGACACGGAAGUCGACGCCGAUACCGUCUUUGACAGUCCCUCGCCCUCACCUACACCCUCGAGUCCUGCCGCCGAUGCCACCUCGCCUGACGAACCCGCUGCCGAGCGGCCCCCUCCCCGAACUGCAUCCACGACAUCAGGCGCGACAGCCAACAUGACAUCCUCCUCAACACCACUCGGAAACAUCAACGCUGCUAGGAAUCCCCGUCCUCCAAACCCCCCUACCAUCUCCAGCCGAGGCAGCGGUCUCAAUGUCUCCCAAGACAUCCUUGCCAGGAUACAGGCAGUACAUCUCGGUAGAAAGGGCGCUCCGCCGACCGGUCUGCCUGGAAGAGGGCCUGCGCCUCAGAGUCCUGGCCCAUCUCCCGACAGCCGUAACCCCAUGUCGCCGGGUCCUCACCCAGGAGGUGUACCCAGCAACUUCCGCAUGCCUGUGAGACCGCCUGCGACUAACUUUCAAUCGGCACCAGCAGUUCCUGGUCGUGGACCUGCUAAGCAGUCUAUAGCAGAGAAGCGCGGCAUGAGGUUCUCAGGCGGACUCCCAGGCGGAUUACCAGGCUCAUCCCCAACUGCAGGCGGUGCCCCUCCCGCCGGCAAGAAGAAGCCCGGGUUGACACUCUCGCAGAUGAACGGAGGACCCGCUGAGGGCGCUGAAGGCGCUGAACCGAAGAAGCAAGAAACUCACUUUGACAAAUUCUCUCAGUUCGUCGAUACCAAAACCGGCAGUCUCAAGUUUGCCGGCAAGGCCGUACUCAACUCAGAUGGUGUGCAGUUCGAGAGCGGUACCUCCUUCAACAUCUCCCUGGACGAAGUUGAUACACUGGACGAGCUUGGCAAGGGAAACUACGGCACAGUAUACAAAGUUAGACAUAGCAGACCGCGAAUGCGGAAGCCAGGGCAGGGUCUGGCGGGUAACAAGGCUGCGCCUGGCUCGCCGUCGCGAAAGGAAUUUGGCGAAGAAGCGAGCCCAACCAGUGCGAAGCCAGCUGCGGGGACCGGCAUAGUCAUGGCAAUGAAGGAAGUGAGGCUCGAGUUGGACGACUCGAAAUUCGCUGCUAUCAUCAUGGAACUCGAUGUCCUUCAUCGCUGCGUAUCACCCUUCAUCGUCGACUUUUACGGUGCUUUCUUCCAAGAAGGUGCUGUAUACAUCUGUAUGGAAUUCAUGGACGGAGGUUCCAUAGACAAACUUUACGCCGACGGUGUGCCCGAGGGCGUCUUGCGCAAGAUCACCAUGGCCACGACUAUGGGUCUGAAGUCACUCAAGGAUGAUCACAACAUCAUUCACCGAGACGUGAAACCUACCAACAUUCUAAUGAACACCAAGGGUGCGAUCAAGAUCUGUGAUUUUGGUGUCAGUGGAAACCUAGUCGCCAGUAUUGCCAAGACCAACAUCGGGUGCCAGAGUUACAUGGCACCUGAGAGGAUAUCUUCAGGCGGCAUUGCACAAGCAGGCGCCAACCCUGGAGGCGGCACAUACAGCGUACAAAGCGACAUCUGGAGUUUGGGACUGACAAUCAUCGAGUGCGCUCUGGGGCGGUACCCAUACCCACCAGAGACGUACAACAACAUCUUCAGCCAGCUCAGCGCUAUUGUCGAUGGCGAGCCUCCGGAUCUGCCUGAGAGCGGAUACUCUGACGCGGCGCGCAACUUUGUACGCGGCUGCUUGAACAAGAUUCCUAACCUUCGACCGACAUACGCCAUGCUGCUUCAACAUGCAUGGCUUGCGCCUCUUGCCAAACCCGACACGAUUACAGAAGAAGACGAAGAGGAGGUUGAGGCCGCAGCUGAGGCCGAGGGUGGCGAAGCUGCCGGCGACCAGGGACCUGCUGAGGCGAUCGAGCCCGUAGAAGACCAAGAAGUCGCCGACUGGGUCAAGGCUGCCAUUGAGAAGAGGAGGAGCGGCAAGAUGAAGGGCGCUGAGAAGCCUGCACUGCAUGCCGCACCUCUUGAUGCAGCGACACAGAGCCCGUCACCGAACGGUACAAACGGGCUAGAAGAGGCGGGCUCAGUGGAAGCCGCAGCAUAAACUUCUCGAAUGGACGAAAAUACUUGGGCCAUUCACGAGAACAUCAGGCCGCGCCAGGAGCAGCCUUAUGGGUUUACGGCGUUGUAUAGGCGUAUUGCAUGGGACGAUUGUCAUGGAGCAUUGAAAUCGGGCCAUUGAGCGUAGAGGACACAUGUACCUAGCAUAGCAUACACCUUGUCCAACUGGACGAAUAACACACUUCAAGUCGCCAA